GUUUAUGCACACGCCGCCGCCGUUUCGGAGCGAGUAGUUUAUUUAGAAUUUCAAUCCUUUGUCUCCGAAUUUUUUUUAUUCUGGUCAGGUUAAACGAGGAAAUAGCCAAAAACGAGUCUUUUCAUUAAUUUUUUAUUUCGUAUUGCCUGGAAUGUCGUCGCAAAAUUGUAUUUGCAUAAAUUAAAAAAAAAACACGCGCGAAACUUCUGUAAGAAAACCGGAUUUCUAUCGUUAGAACGGGAAAAACGCGCGAUUCACGUUUGCCACCCUGAACACAUGUUGAUUACGGUGAGUGAUAACCGCUGUUGUUUGUGCCCGUCCCCGUCGCCGCCGCCGCCGUCCAAUUUGGAGGACACUCCCAGUUUUGACUUUUGUUGUCUUUUUUCAAAACUUGAAUCUUCAGUCCGCGUUUUGAUGUACCAGUGAUUUCUAUGGCCAAGUCCAGGAACGGUCUGACGGCCGUUGGCCUGUCGGUUUUGGGAGCGUUUUUGGUCCUGUUGGCGUUCACGACGAAGAGCUGGUUGGUCACGGAUGGGAAAUUAGAGCACCCGAAAUUCGAAAGGAUCGGUCUAUGGGUAGUAUGUUUUAAAGAAUUUGAGGACUCUCAUCAUUGGUACGAUACAAAAUUCCACAGUUGUUGGUGGGUAUUUGAAGAAGAAUAUUAUAUUAUCUAUGAUAUUUUAUUCAAAGGUUUUUAUAUUGCUACUCAGUUUUGGUUCUCAGCUUGUGUUCUCUUAACAGUAUUUGGUUUAUUCUACACUACACUUUAUAUGUAUCUAAAUAGAGCUUAUGAACGUUAUGUUCAAAUUCUAUUUACAGCUGGAAUUCUUUACAUAGCUGCAGCCAUAUGCAGUACUAUUGCUCUGAUAAUAUUUGGAAUACAUGGAGACAGUAGAGUAUGGAUGCCACAUUGGGAACACAAUGAUAUAGGUUGGAGCUAUGGAGUAGCAGUCGCAGGAACUAUUGCCCUUUAUAUCAGUGGGGUAUUGUAUGUAAUAGAGGGAAGGGCACAUAAGAUUAAGCGUCAAAAAAUGGCUACUCAAAGAGCCAACUACAACUAUGAUGCCGAUGACUUAAAACAAUCGUCUCACACUGACAUAUAAAUCCUCAAAUUUUUAUUUUCAAAUCUCUAGUAGCAGCAUCUGCACAUUUCCAUUAAUUUAUUUUUAAUGAACAUGUACAGUGAGCACUUUUUAAACAUAGACUCAUUGACAUUCUUCAAAUGUCUGCAUGAAUGAUUCACUUUGCACAGAAAACACUUGAUAUUUAUUUUGGAUAACAAAUAUUAUUAAGUAUAGUAUGAACGGGCACUUAUGGAUUUUUAUUCUUAAGAAUGGCUUUUUGAAACAAUUUGUUACUUUGUAGUUCAUGCAAUUAUUGACAAACUGUAAUACAUUUAUUAUAGAUCUUACUCUGAAUUUGAUGUGCAAUUUAUAUUGGAUAGGUAUAUACAACUUUAAACACAAGAAUCUCAAGUAUUUAGUUUGAAAUCUACGAAUUUCAAUAAUAAUUAUUAUUUAUUAUAUGAGAAAUAAUUGAUUUUUAAUUUUUCGUAAGACUUAAAAAAAUAAUAAUUGAGAAUUUUGUAAAGUAAAAUUGUAUAAGGUAAUUUAUUUAUAUUUUUUUAUGGUUAAAUUAACAAUUAUCCGUCCAUUUAAUUCUAAGUUAAUUUUAGUGACUAUUGCUACACAAUUGCAGCAACAUGUUCAACAAUACUUUUACAUUUUUGUAAUUCAUAUUAGGUCACCAUGUAUUUUUUAUACUAAUUUGUUAAGUAUGCCUUAAAAUUGUUAUGGAUUAAAAUUGUAAUACGUAAAAAAUAAACUGUCCUGUGAUUACAUAA